GUCACUUUUAGCGCGGAGUUUGUUGUUGGCGGAAAAGCUUCAGUGUUGAACUCUGCUUGUUGAAGUUGUUUUACGGAGUCAGAUCCACUUGUCGAGUGUUUCAGGCCGGAACAUUAACUUCGGACGACAUUGCACUUCUAUAACAUGCUCCUCUGAGAAACUACGAGCCACUAAAGCGAUGGAGCUGUCUCCUGUGUGCACUGACGGCAUCAGCACCGACGGAUGUACCAUCAAAUCUGACAGAGCUCAGAGGAAAAGCAAAGUCCCAAGAGAUGUGGAGGUGGACAUUGAGUUCCUCUAUAAAGCCGUUCCUCAGCUGAACAAGGUUUUCCGCAUCGUAGACAAAAUUGGAGAAGGUACCUUCAGCUCUGUGUACCUGGGUGAGGCUCAGAUGCGUGACGGAAGGAAAGAGAGGUUUGCUCUGAAGCACCUCAUUCCAACCAGCCAUCCUACACGCAUUGCCGCUGAGCUUCAGUGUCUCACGGUUGCUGGAGGCAAAGAUAAUGUGAUGGGGGUGUCUUACUGCUUCAGGAAGGAGGACCAUGUAGUGAUUGUCAUGCCGUACAUGGAGCAUCAAGCUAUUGUGGACAUCAUCAGCUCACUGACCUUCGAAGAGGUUCGUCUGUACAUCUAUCACCUGUUGAAAUCCCUGAAACACAUCCACCAGUUUGGAAUCAUUCACCGAGACAUCAAACCAAAUAACUUCCUCUACAACAGGAACAGCAAAAUGUAUGCUCUGGUGGACUUUGGCCUGGCUCAGGGAACAGCAGACACACAGAUUGAGCUGCUGAAGGUGGUGAGGCAGAGGCCAACACAAAAAGGUGGAGGGUCCACGGGGAAACAGGACACCACACAGCGGAGCAAAGCACAACUCCGACUCCAUCCAAAAAGCACAGCAAACACCACAGCCUCAACCUCACUACCUGGGCCCCCAAGGCAAUCCACGGCCCUGCCACCUUCCUCCUCCUCUUCUUCAACUACCACUACCACACCUUCUUCAGCCUCUCGGAGAGCACUAGUUAAAAAAACACGUUCUGUCACCACCACCGUCACCACUUCCACAUCUCGCACAAAGCACACAAAGGAUUUGACAAGACUGAGCAAAAUGCAACGGCCGGUUUUUGGGGAGAAGAACCUCAACAGCUGCCUUCCAGCCUCCUCCACCACAAAACAGGCGGCCAUUAUGACAGAGCUGGUAAAACCCAUCAAAACAGAGGACCCUGCCAGCAGGAGGUGCUCCUCAGCCAUCCGUGGGCCCGUGGCGGUCAGGAGCCAGACCCAGAAGCCUCAGAGGACUGUACAGCAGGGCCUCACCUGUAACUGCUACCUGACCGACCGUGUCUGCAACAUCUGCCUGUCUAGGAAGCAGCAGGUGGCAGCCAGGGCUGGAACUCCAGGCUUCAGGGCACCAGAAGUUCUCACAAAGUGUCCAAACCAAGGGACAGCCAUAGACGUGUGGUCGGCUGGUGUGAUUCUGCUCUCGCUGCUCAGUGGUCGUUACCCGUUCUUCAAAGCCAGCGAUGACCUGAUUGCUCUCACUCAGAUAAUGACCAUACGAGGCUCCAGGGAGACCAUACAGGCUGCCAAGUCGUUUGGUAAGGCAGUGGUGUGCAGUAAGGAGCUACCAAAGCAGGAUCUCAGAACCCUGUGUGAGACGCUGAGAGGACGAAGACCAUCACCUGGUGAUGAAGUCACACCCCUCCAUGGAGCAAGUAAAGACGCUGCUCACCAUCCAAAGACCCCAGAUGAUACGCCUACACAUCGUCCCACUGAGGGAACAUUGAAGCAACAUGAAAGUGGAGUAGGUCAAACGCUCCCAAACCAUCCUGAGCACUCAGGCAGCAAAGACGCCUCCACCCUCCUUGAUAAACAGUCGUCAGAGGUGGAGAGCAGUGAGCGAGGCUGGGACAGAGUCCCUGACGGAGCCUACAACUUGCUGGACCGGCUGAUGGAUCUGAACCCCACCACCAGGAUCACAGCUGCACAGGCACUGCAGCACCCACUGUUCAAAGACUUGUGAUGGAACCUGAAACAGGACUUCAGAAUAUGAGUCAGAUGUAGAAAAGAGUGGACCUGACUGGAACAAAGUUCAAAUCCUUGUGUGGAGACAUUAUCUUAACUUAUUGAGAUGUGGUUAAUCUGUUUCUGUGUGCGUCUCCACACAGAUUAAAUAUUAAUCCUGGUUUGA